AUGGCCGUGGUAGACCCAGGGCCCGAGCCUGAGCGACUCGGGUGGUUCUGCUGCAAUCGCCGGGCGCCCAAAGCGCCCGCAAGAGUGGAAGCUCGAGGUGAAGAGAAGCCGCAGAUCAACGUGCUGCCACCGCAGGCGCCGCAGCCAGAGGAAGUCUGCGCUGAAGAGCCUCUGCCUGGCAAAGAGGAGGAUUCCGCUGGUGCGGAGGAGGAAGAGAUACAGCCAUCACCCGUCAACAGAGCAGCAGAACGUCCAGAUGCCGAGACUGGAAGCAGUGGCUACUUCUCCAAUUCGAAUAGCUCCCACAGCGAUAGUGAUGCCAGCGACCCCUGCUUCUGGAAGCCAAGAAGAGUUCAAAGUGACAGCAGCGCGGCAUCGGCCACGAGCUCAGAGUAUUUGCAGGCCGAAGCUCAGAGACGAGAAGUGGAAAGGCUAACGGCUCAAGUUCCCCUCACUGAUGCUGGCAAGCCGACAUCCGUGGGGAGCAUCAACCAUCCAAGCGGCUGCUGUCCAUGUAUGUUCUUCGCCAGACCGUCUGGAUGCAUACGUGGGGUGCAGUGUGAGUUCUGCCACUUUCCACAUCAAGUCAAUGUAAAAAAACAUUUGUCUGCACAAAGGAGUGCAGGAAAUCGUGCAUCAGCACGUAGCCAAGCCCUACUCGUAGGAUAA